ACAUCAAAUGAAGAAGAUGCUACUACUCACCAUUCCUUCGUCACUUCCCUCUCUCUCUCUCUGUUCGCUCUUCUCAAACUGUAUCAAUCUUUAUCAACACCACCAAUCUUUUGCUUCUGCUUCUUCUUCUUCUUCUUCUUCUUCUUCUUCUCCAAAUCGCUCUCAGAUCAAGCUUUCUUCUCCAUUGCAUCUCUGUUAGGUUUUGUUCGUUCUCUGUCAAAUUAGAGGAGAUUGAGCUGCAGCUUUCUUCUGCUGUUUGAUUCCGAGCUUUGAAGAAAUUGUUAUAGACCUGAACGAGCGAAGUUGGUUUUCCCUUGAUGUUAUAAGUAAAAUGCUGCUUUGGAAUAUGACAUUAAAAUUUCUUCGGUGGAUGAGUAGAUGAUUAUGAGUUGGAAGGUUAGUUGAUGGUGAAAGAAUUUCAAAUUAAACUCCAACCAGCAUUCUGAAUCCAUUCGUUUUGGUCAUUGUUUUUUGGGACUAUGGAUGAUGGCCGCCAACAUGAAAAUGGGAGGCACAAACUGGAUUAUUUCAGAGGGAGCCCCUCACCGUGGAAUAUGGUGCCUCCACAUCAUGUAAAGGAACCAAAUGCCUUGGUCAUGAAUAAGAAGAUCAUGUCCAUUAUAGCUGAGAGAGAUGCUGCUAUUCGGGAGCGGAACUUAGCACUAUCUGAGAAGAAUAAUGCAUUGGCUGCACGCGAUGAGGCUUUUCGGCAGCGUGAUGAGGCACUUGCACAGCGUGAUUCUGCAUUAAUGGAAAGGGACAAUGCCCUUGCUGCCCUUGAAAUCCGUGAUAAUGCUUCUAACUUUCCUCUUGGUGGUGGGAUCCAACGGAAAACAAAGCGAUUGCACCAUUUAUCUAAUCAUAUGCCAAGCAUGUCUGAAACUCCCUAUGGUACAAAAGAUGUGCAUAUAACUGAUGCCUUUCCAAUUACAGUUAUAGCUUCUGAAGCUGUUAAGUCUCAACAGGGAAAGCGAACUAAGGAUAACAAGUCAGUUUCAUCAAAGACAUCAAAGCCACCAAGGAAGAAGGUUGGCGAAGAUUUGAAUAGACACGCUGCGACCGAUGGCACAAAAUACAGAACCGACUGGGAUGGUCAGGAUGUGGGAUUGAAUCUUGUAAGUUUUGAUGAUUCUUCUAUGCCAGCACCAAUUUGCUCAUGUACUGGACUUGCAAGACAGUGCUACAAAUGGGGGAAUGGGGGUUGGCAAUCGUCGUGUUGUACCACCCAUAUGUCCAUGUAUCCACUUCCACAUAUGCCUAAUAAACGCCAUGCUCGUAUGGGUGGGCGGAAAAUGAGUGGAAGUGUUUUUACAAAAUUGCUUAGUCGGCUAGCAGCAGCAGGUCACGAUCUGUCGGUACCAGUGGAUCUUAAGGACCACUGGGCGAGACACGGUACAAAUCGCUACAUAACAAUCAGGUAGCUAGGAAGUAACUUCAGGAGGAGUAGAACAUUUUGCAGCGGUCCUUGGGGUUGUCUCAAUCGUGGUUCAAGUUAACAUGCCUCAACCGAAGUGAUUCUUCAUGAGGUAGAGCUCUUCCCUUUCAUUGGCUUAGGCAUUGUGAUUAAGACUGAACCUGAAUGGACCACCGUAGAUUGGGAUAUCUUUGUAGAGUAUGGCCAUAAGAAUGCGGCAGUCUUUUGUGCAAAUUCCUAAUUUCCCAUUGCCAAAUUCCCCCAUUAGAAUUUCAGAGAAAACUGUAGAACGUAGAAUCAAGAAUGGAUCUGGAAAUGAUGAGAAUGAAGGCUGAUUUUAUUUGAUUAUUUGAAUUCGAGGUACCAUCUGUUACUCUGUUCAUAUCUGUUGCAUCGAAAAACAACUUUCGAUGGAUCGAGUCUCAGAGGGAAGACUGGAAGAGUAGAUGUUGAACUAGUAGUUGUAGGACUUAAGUAGAUCCUCUAAAUAUUCAAUAAUUAUUCGAUAAUUUUGGUCGUCUUGCUGGUAGAGUAGAUUCUCCCUCUUCAACUCUUGUACUCAAAAUGGAUUAAGAAGCUUCCUCUUUCUUGA